CAUGUAAUCUUGUCUAGAGAAGCUACUAAACAUUCUCAUGUAACCCUGUCUAGUGAAGCUACUAAACAUGCUCAUGUAACCCUGUCUAGUGAAGCUACUAAACAUGCUCAUGUAACCAUGUCUAGUGAAGCUACUAAACAUGCUCAUGUAACCUUGUCUAGAGAAGCUAUUAAACAUGCCCAUAUAACCUUGUCUAGUGAAGCUAUUAAACAUGCCCAUAUAACCUUGUCUAGUGAAGCUACUAAACAUGCCCAUGUAACCCUGUCUAGUGAAGCUACUAAACAUGCUCAUGUAACCAUGUCUAGUGAAGCUACUAAACAUGCUCAUGUAACCUUGUCAAGAGAAGCUAUUAAACAUGCUCAUGUAACCUUGUCUAGUGAAGCUAUUAAACAUGCCCAUAUAACCUUGUCUAGUGAAGCUACUAAACAUGCUCAUGUAACCUUGUCUAGUGAAGCUACUAAACAUGCUCAUGUAACCUUGUCUAGUGAAGCUACUAAACAUGCUCAUGUAACCUUGUCUAGUGAAGCUACUAAACAUACUCAUAUAACCUUGUCUAGUGAAGCUACUAAACAUGCUCAUGUAACCAUGUCUAGUGAAGCUACUAAACAUGCUCAUGUAACCUUGUCUAGUGAAGCUACUAAACAUGCUCAUGUAACCUUGUCUAAUGAAGCUAUUAAACAUGCUCAUAUAACCUUGUCUAGU